AUGUCACUGCGGCGCUGUAAUUCUCUUUUCUGCUCUUUCUCUAGUGCUGCGGCUUCUGGGAUGGCUCUAGCCCAGCAGAAGCAGCAGCAGCGUGUGUCAAGUGCUCUUUUCAUGGAGCGGCGCGAGAAGAUCAUUGCGGACCUUCGAGAGAACAGGAAUGACAAGAGCCUCGCUGGUCGUGUCGACCCACAGGUGGCACCGUUAGUUCAUUUCAUCAAUGAGAAGUUUCACUGCUAUGUUACAUCGAGCUCGUGCGCUGGGCGGGCCUCACUGUUUCACAAGGGUCAAGUUUCGGCUGCGGUGGUGGCGCCUUUGGCACAGCGUAAGCGAGGCGCCUUUGGGCAGGGGACAUUGUUUCAAACACACGAUCCCUUUUCUGAUGUAGAGGGUGCAGUAGAAGAUGAGCUGAUACCCGCUUUGGAGAGUUUCUCGGCUUGGCGAAAGCAGCAGCAUGAGGGCGACCCUCUUUUAUAUGAGACGGAGCUAUUGCAGUUCAAGUUUGAGCCGAUGAUUGUUCAUGUUCUUUGCGAGACCAUGGAUGAUGCGGCGAGGUUGCUGCAGUGUGCGAGCGAGAGUGGCCAAAUGAAUAGCGGUGUAAUUUCAUGCUCGCGUUGGACCUCUGAGUAUCGAAAGAUUACUUGCUGCAUCACAUCAUUGUUGUGUGUGGAUGUUGCCUUGUUUGCUCAGGGCCGCUGGCUGCUGGGCCACGCGAGCUUCUCUAGCCCCGAGUGGAAGGCCCUGCUCACGAAUACUGUUGUUCAUAUGAACACACUAUUUCACGCAAACGAGGUGCGGCGUUCUCGAUUUACAUGCGAGUUGCAGAGGCGGCUGCUAUUUUGA